AUGGUUGUUCUUUCUUCCCAACAAGCCACAUUAAACGAGUUAUUUCUCAUAAACACAUGCAAACCAACAACAACUGUAUUCAAAGGUGUUCCAGAGGUUGACCUUUCACACCCUGAUGCUAAAACACUAAUAGUCAACGCAUGUAUUGAGUUCGGAUUCUUUAAGGUUGUCAACCACCAUGUUCCAUUACAGUUAAUGACGAAUCUAGAAAAUGAAACUCUCAAGUUUUUCAAACAAACUCAGUUAGAGAAAGAGAAAGCGGGUCCUCCAGAUCCUUUUGGCUAUGGAAGCAAAAGUAUUGGCACAAAUGGUGAUAAUGGUUGGGUUGAAUAUCUUCUUCUCAAUACUAACCCUUAUGUCAUCUCUCCCAAAUCUCUUCAACUUUUACAUCAAAACACAAACAAGUUCAGGUGUGCUGUGGAAGAAUACAUAUUGGCAGUGAAGGGUGUGUGUUGUGAAGUGUUGGAAUUAGUGGCAGAUGGAUUGCGGAUUGAAGAGAGGAAUGUGUUUAGCAGAUUGGUGAGAGAUGAGAGAAGUGAUUCUUGUUUGAGGGUAAAUCACUAUACACCAUUGAUUGGAGGAAAUUUGAUUGGGUUUGGAGAACAUACAGACCCACAGAUCAUAUCUGUCUUAAGGUCUAACAACACAUCAGGAUUGCAAAUUUGUCUCAGAGAUGGAACGUCUUGGGUAUCAAUCCCACCUGAUCAUACUUCCUUUUUCAUCAUCGUUGGUGAUUCUUUACAGGUGAUGACAAAUGGAGGAUUAAAGAGUGUAAAGCAUAGGGUAUUGACUGACACAAACAUGUCAAGAUUGUCAAUGAUUUAUUUUGGAGGACCGCCCUUGAAUGAAAAGAUGGCACCUUUACCUUCAAUAUUGGUAUCAAAUAAAGAAGAGAGUUUGUACAAAGAAUUCACAUGGAGGGAAUACAAAAAUGCUGCUUAUAAGUCAAGGUUGGCUUAUAAUAGACUUAGUCUCUUUGAAAAAAAAAGUGCUGCUCAAUGA